UGUCUUUGGGCCUCCCAGAGGCGGAGCCAUGAGAGCCUGAGAUUUGUCAGGGAAAUCUCAGCCACCUGCUGCCUCAUGCAAAUGGACCCAUGUGCCCCAUCACCACCACCACAGCUGCUCCUUGGGCUCCACGGUUAAGCCCUGUUAUCUCUCCCUGAGUAAGGGUGAGAGGGUAGCCUUAUUCCUCAGCUCCGACCUUCACAGUCCAGCAAGACCCCAGGAGUCAUGUGGGCAAACAUGAAGACAGACCCCCAUCCUACAGGGUUCCCUUCUCUUUAUAGUCCUUUCUUUGCCCGGAAGGCAGGGGCACAUCGACCCAGAAUCCCCCUGAAUCUCCUGUCAGCUCCCCCGGCUAGAAUCAGGCCCAGGGGCAGCUGGCUGGGGCUUGUCUAGAAAAAGGAUUAUCCAGAUCAGCCCCUUCUAAUCUCAGCUUCUGCCUGUACCCUCUUCCCCCACAGUCCUCAUGAGGGAACAUGGUUUGGGGUGUUGACAACAGGGUCAUCUAUCACCUUUCUGUCCUGGCUCCUAGCCUGCUUGCUGAACAGGCUUGCACUGCCAAGAUCAUGACCACAAGUUAGGGCUAGGGCCUGGGGCCCCUGGAGCUGUGGCUGCUCUUGUUCUGUUCUCCCCAAACCCAACCAGUAAUCCUCACAGCUUUUCUCUGAUCCGUGGGCCUGAUGCUCUUAUCUCUGCCGGCAGACUGACCAUGGAGGCACCCCUUUAUUCCCCCCUUCUUGUGGCUGGAUGGGGGCGUGCUCUUCUCUGGCUCAAAGACCUGCUCCUCACCCCUCCAGGUUGGCCCAAGUCUCUGGAAGCCAUCCGCCUCCCUCCCUGGCCUCUCCCCCACCCCUGCCAGCUGAUUUCAUUUGCCUGACGUGGUUGUCGUGGUUGUCGUUGGCCUUACCCUUCCCUGUCAGUUUCCCCCUCCCAGUCGGGGCCAGGCCAGGCCAGCUCCUCUGGCAGCAGAGGGGGGCAGGUGACAGGCAGGCAUCGCAGCUGAGAGACUCAGGAGGCGCCUGGGAAACAGAAACCUGGGAGAAGUCCAGCCACAGCCCAAGAGCCAGAACCGCCCCUCGAUCUGUGCACCAUGGGGGAGAUGGAGCAGCUGAGGCAGGAAGCGGAGCAGCUCAAGAAGCAGAUUGCUGAUGCCAGGAAAGCCUGUGCGGACACCACCCUAGCUGAGCUUGUGUCUGGCCUAGAGGUGGUGGGACGAGUCCAGAUGCGGACACGGAGGACAUUAAGGGGACACCUGGCCAAGAUCUAUGCCAUGCACUGGGCCACUGACUCUAAGCUGCUGGUAAGUGCCUCGCAGGACGGGAAGCUGAUCGUGUGGGACACUUACACCACUAACAAGGUGCAUGCCAUUCCCCUGCGUUCCUCCUGGGUCAUGACCUGUGCCUACGCACCAUCAGGGAACUUUGUGGCGUGUGGGGGUCUGGACAACAUGUGUUCCAUCUACAGCCUCAAAUCCCGUGAGGGCAAUGUUAAGGUCAGCCGGGAACUCUCUGCCCACACAGGUUAUCUCUCCUGUUGCCGCUUCCUGGAUGACAACAACAUUGUGACCAGCUCUGGGGACACCACGUGUGCCUUGUGGGACAUUGAGACGGGGCAGCAGAAGACGGUGUUUGUGGGACACACUGGUGACUGCAUGAGCCUGGCUGUGUCUCCAGACUACAAACUCUUCAUUUCGGGCGCUUGUGAUGCCAGCGCAAAGCUCUGGGAUGUGAGGGAAGGGACCUGCCGCCAGACUUUCACUGGCCACGAAUCCGACAUCAAUGCUAUCUGUUUCUUUCCCAAUGGAGAGGCCAUCUGCACUGGCUCAGACGACGCUUCCUGCCGUCUGUUUGACCUGAGGGCAGACCAAGAAUUGACCGCCUACUCCCAUGAGAGCAUCAUCUGCGGCAUCACAUCAGUAGCCUUCUCGCUCAGUGGUCGCCUACUCUUCGCAGGCUACGAUGACUUCAACUGCAAUGUCUGGGACUCUUUGAAGUGCGAGCGUGUAGGCGUACUCUCUGGCCAUGACAACAGAGUCAGCUGCCUGGGGGUCACAGCUGAUGGUAUGGCUGUGGCCACUGGGUCCUGGGACAGCUUCCUCAAAAUCUGGAACUAAGGAGGCUAGAAGAAGAGAGGUGGAAGCCAUGAAGAUUCUCAGCUGCUUCCUCCUAUAUUCAUCUCUUUAGGGUCAGUCUUCUAUAUCCCAGGGGCCAUUCCCAGUAAACUUUCUUUUGAGAGCAGUAGGGAUUAUGGGAGUGUGCCUUUGGAAGCAUCAGGGACACAAGGGCAAAGAACUGCCCCAUUUCCGCCCAUGGCCUCCCCUAUUCAGAGCCCUCACAGCUUCUCCCUUAAUAAACAGGAACAGACCCUCUCAGCCUCUAGGGUCCUCUUGAGCUACCCAUAGCCUUUGUCCAGACCUGGAACGGUCAGGGUGCUCAGCUCACGACUGUGGGUGUCACUGCUAGUCCCCUGGCCCUUUCAUACUUUCUCCUUUUCUACCUUUCCCCCUUUAUUAUUAGCUAAUAAAACGUAGCAUCCUGUGUUGCUAGCUUCCACCCCUUUAUGCUACAAGAAGACCGAGGUCCUGUUAACGGACAACAAGAUAUUACAGGUGCUAGGAUAAAGGCUAAGUACUAGGUAGACUGUGGGCAGGAAGAAGGAUCAAGGCAGAAGCUGAGGUUUCUUGGGGAGGCACACGACAGCUUGCUCCAGACUACAAUCAUGUGUGCAUGCCUGCAUAGGAGCUGGAUGAUAAAGGGCCUUGGAGGCCACUAAAGAGUUUCAAGUGGGGUAUUACCACGAUCUUUAAGCUUGUCAGGAAAACUGCUCUUCCAACAGUUUAGGGUGGUAAAAUGGAAAGACUGGCCCUCUAGAAACAUGAAGCAGGUGGCAAGAAAUGCUAGGAUGACAGAACUGGGGCUGAGUGUGAAGCUCACUAACAGAGUUAUUUGUCUAACAUGAGCAAAACUCCGGGUCAACCUCCAGCAACACACACACAUACACACACUGACAAGACAGGAGAAGAGAUCAGAAACAUGGAGUCACCAAGAUCUUGUGGUCAUACUCACAGAUAUGCCAUUCUGAACAGAAGAAUUCAGUAUGAUAACCAAGGCCAAGACUAAUGUCCAGGCAGAUAGGUGGGUGAGGGUCUUCCCUAUCCACGAGGAUGGGGAAUAGGCAAUGAGGAAUAGCUUUAGGGAAAAAAAGAUCAUAAACUUUAUUUUAAGGGAACUAACGCUGAGUGCUUAUGUGGCAGCUGAAUAAAAGUCUGAAAAUUACCAGAAGCAAGUAAGUAAUAGCUAAGCCCCAACAAAAGGGGAAGAGGAGAGAGGCGCCAAGGGCAGAGCCUUGGAGAACAUCAAAACUUAA